GUGCCCCUGUCCAGAGGAAUUUCAAUGACGCUAAAAGUAGUCGACUGUUGAUAUGUUCAAGUGACAAGUGCUGCAUGAAUAUGUCACUUUUUCCAGCUUUUGCGGGACUGUCUAGUAAUAAUAACCUAAAGAAUGAAAAUUCAUCGAAAGAGUUGGACUGGCUAAGCAAUCAAAGCUUCCGCACUGAGGAUGCGUUGACACUGCAUCAGCGCUGUACCAAGGGGGAAGAACAGGCUCUUCAGAGGUCAGCCGACCCAAGUUUGUCUGUUGAUCAACCGCCAUUGGAAGAACCUGCUGAGGAAGGCUUCCCAAAACCUAAAAAGAAGAAAAAGGACAAAAAGAAGAAGAAACAAAAGAGAAAACACAAGAAGAAAAGCAGAGAGCAGUCAGAGAGCAGCAGAUCUGGUUCUGACAGUGAUUCCCCCAGGGGUCAUGCAAGUGAGGCUUCAAGGCUUGAGCAAGAAACAGAGAAGCUAAGGCAGGAGCAAAUACACCUUCAAGGUUGCUUUGUUUGGCUCGAUGACCUUCAGACCCCAACAGAUCAACCUUUCUGUGUUGAUAAGAAAGCAGACCGUGCCAACUGGGAAUAUAAAUCACUCUAUAGAGGAGACAUCGCUAGGUACAGGAGGAAAGGAAACUCCUGCCUGGGCCUAAACCCAAAAAGGCAUUUUAUAACUUGGGUGGAUUCAGCAUCGGAGAAGAAAAAGAUAGAGAAGAAGCAGGAUCGGUACUUCAGCAAAGCAGGACGCCUGCUGCUGAGCACAGAGGGGUUCCCAGUGCACCCCGGUGAUGUGGGCCCAGUUGCCAAGCAGACGCCUGUCACUAGUGAUUUCAUGGCAGUCUCUGACUGGAAGGAGGAGGAUGUCAGAGGCCCUGCCGCCCCAGCCUGGGUCAAUCCCCUGGGGGUUUAUGAUGCCUCCACCACCCUCUGGCUUCAGGGAAAGGGUCAGCCAGAGCCUGAGAACCAGCAGGCCAGGCCAGCCGGGGCCCCUGGGAAUGUAAACACUGCGAUGAUCAGUAAAGUGGAAGAAUUCAACAGGAAGCUAAGAGAAAACCCAGAGGAUGCCAAAACAUGGAUGGAGUUUGUAAACUUUCAGGAUGAACUAAUGACAGGACCCAGUCCCUUCACCAUGAAUGAGAGGGAAUCAGAAAAGCGGAAGACAUCCCUCAAGGUGACUCUUGAGAAGAAAAUCGCUAUUUUAGAGAGAGCCAUCGAAAGCAAUCCUGGCAGUGUGAAGCUGAAGUUAGCCAGGCUGGAGCUGUGCAAGGAACUGUGGGAACCCUCUACAUUGCUUAAAGAGUGGAAGAAGCUUGUUUUUCUGCAUCCAAAUAACACAGAGCUGUGGAAGAAGUAUCUUCUAUUCUGUCAAAGUCAGUUUAGCACCUUCUCAGUGUUAAAAGUCAGUAGUAUUUAUGGAAAGUGCCUUACCACCUUAGCCGCAGUUCAUGAUGGCUCUAUGGUGUCCCACCCUGCACUGCCUGGUACAGAGGAAGCCAUACUAGAAAUAUUUCUUCAGCAGUGCCACUUCUUGAGACAGGCUGGCCACUCGGAGAAAGUGAUUUCACUCUUUCAGGCUGUCCUCGACUUUACCUUCUUUAAACCAGAUAGCGUGAAAGAUCUGCCAACCAGAGAGCAGGUUGAAUUUUUUGAGCCGUUCUGGGACAGCGGGGAGCCCCGCUUUGGGGAGAGAGGAGCUCGAGGCUGGCAAGCCUGGAUGCACCAGCAGGAGAGGGGCGGCUGGUUGAUACCAAACGAACAAGAUGAUGAAGAUGAAGAUAUUGAAGAUGAUACUGAAGUGAAGGAUAAGACUUUGCCAAAAUGGCGUAUUUGGCUAGAUGUUGAGGCCUCACGGGAGACAAAGAACUGGUUGCCAUGGAGACCUGAUAAAUCAAAGGGUCAGUCAGAGGAAGAUUGUGAGGACCCUGAUAGACAGGUUUUGUUUGAUGAUAUUGGCCCCUCCGUGAUUAGAAUUUUAAAACCAGAGCUCAGGUUUCAGCUGAUGUGUUCCUUUCUGCAAUUCCUGGGGAUUCUGUCUGGAUGCAGUUAUUCUGGUCCGGACUGGAGUAUAACACUGGACGAGUGGUCUGUGUUUGACAGUGGACUGGUGACAGAAAGGCCUUUGACUUCACUGGACCUUCAGUGCUCUGGGGUGAGCUGCAUCGGGCACAUGGCCACUCUCCACAGUGUGAAAAAGCAGAUCGGUCACUGUAAAGACGGGGAGGAAUUCAUACACAAUGUCUUCCAUCAGGCAUUGCCACUGUUCUCUAAAGAGGAAAAGUCUCUUCUCUCCCUCUAUUGGCUCCAGUAUGAGAAAUUAAAGGUUCUCCAUUAUCUUCAGAACAAAAACAAGAAGAAGCUGAAAUCUCAAGGGAAGAAAAGUAAGAAACUGGCCAAAAAUCUCCUGAAAGAGGCUGAAAACCGGAACAACCUGGCUCUCUGGAAGGAGUAUGCUCAUCUAGAAUGGUUGCUGGGGAACCUGGAAGACUCUAGAAAAGUGUUUGACACUGCCAUUACACUGGCCACAAGUCAAGGACUUCAGAAUCCUGCACUGUGCAGUCUGUGCUUGCUGUACACACAGUUAGAAUUGGAAGCAAUGGAGGAUGCUGUUGGGGGGGCUGCAGCUUCUCGGGCAGUUCAUAUUUUAACAAAACUUGCAGAGUGUGGACUAUACUCCGCCUAUAAAGGACAAGUGUCUCCUGUUAAUAUCCUGAAAGCCCGGAAAGCUUAUGAAUAUGCAUUCCUAGGCUGUUUAACAGAAAGCAGUCUGCUGUGUGACUCCACGGUUGCCACGAUGAGGGCAGAUGUAGCAGUCAGCCUGGUAGCCUGUUUUGCUCUAUUUCAGUAUCUAACAGUGGGUAUUGAGGCAGCUGACAGAGUUUAUAUGCAGGCUCUUGAGAAAACCUCUGAGCUUUUUUUACAUAAAAAGACAGAGAUUACAAACCUGUGGACUCAACCUACAGAGCUGGAAACACUUACUCUGAUGCGCUCCGUGCUGCUCAGGUAUCACAUGAAGGUCAAUGUCUACCCAUUAGGCCCUCUUCGAGAAACACUUACCAGUGCUUUGAAGCUGUUUCCUGGCAACCACAGCCUUUGGAGGCUAUAUGUGCAAACAGAAAACAAGUACCAUAACGCCAGCCGAGCUAGGAGGUUUUUUGACAGUGUCACAAGAAACGCUGACAUGAUUACUCCCCAGUUGUUUGCCAUCUAUGCAGAACAGAAGAGAAAAGAACUGGUAGAUUCUGUUCAAAGUAGGGUGGAUAUUGGAGGAGUUUAUUCUACUAUACCAGAAAGCGGACUGAGCAACCGGAUAAGAGUGUUGUUUGAACAUGCUGUACAGAGCGACAAUGGAGCACACUGUCCCUUACUAUGGAGAAUGUACUUGCACUUUCUGGUGUCCCAAGGAAAUAGAGAGAGGAGCAGGGGAGCAUUUUACAAAGCUCUCCAGGACUGCCCCUGGGUAAAGGGUCUGUAUAUGGAUGCAAUAGAAUAUUUCCCUGAUCACAUGCAGGAGAUUAUGGAUCUAAUGACCGAGAAAGAAUUGAGAGUGAGGGUGCCAUUGGAAGAACUGGACAUUCUCCUUGAAGACUGAACACAGAAGACUGGGCAGAACACUAGGACUUCGUCAUGAAUCUGCUGGGGAAAAUUGGUAUAUCAGUGUAUGGGUGAUUACUGAAAGACUGUAUUAUAUAAUAUUAAACAUUAGUUGUGUUUGUAAGAUAAUGCAUCACCAAAAUCACUCUCUGAGCUUUAUUUAAGGGAACAGACGUGUCCAAAAAGUCAGAUUGAUUACUAUGCAAUAACAACAGAUUGAAGAAAUUAUUCUAAAGCUUGUACGCCUGUUUUUGUGUAUUUGUAACAGUUUAAGUAUAUAUUAUUGAACAUAUACUUUUUUUUUUAAAUACAUUAUUUUGUAUAGUAUGUACUGUAUGUAAUGUACUAUUUGUUAUUAAAUACUGUUGAAAAAUG